AUGUCCCAUCACGUCCUCUCCGUGUGCAUUUUUUGCUUCAUAUGCGCCACGCACACGCCGUGCGCCUCGCACGCCGCCAUCAAACACCCUGUACACAACAAGGACUUCAGCAAUCCCGUGAAAUUGGCCUACGUGGAUAAAUUCCCCAGGGACGUGUCCAAUAGUCAGCGCAAUAACGACGAAGGUUUCAGGGAGAAGAGGACGAAAAGGAGCGACGAAGCGAGCGAAGUCGCCCCGAACGACAGCGAAAGCGAUUCCGAUCGCUUGAAGAAGAUAUUCUCAAAGUACGGGAACGGGGAGGUUAUGACUCAGGAGGGGUUCAAGAGGUUCCUGGACGAUUUGAGCGCGCCGGAGCGUCGAGACGCCAAGGAGAACUGUACUGAGACAGAUGUGAUACCAUCUUCGUUAGGAUUAGGCGAUAGCGAGGGAAUUAACGAGACUUCCUUGUACAAUGUAUGCCCUUUUAUACUGUAUAAUUUAGUAAACAAAGACUGCACCGCGCAUGAUGGGGAUCAUGCCCAUGGUGAUGAAGAAAAUUCUUCGUUGGUGAAUAAUGGCUUCGUUUGGCUGUGUUCGAUACUCGCUAUAUUACUUAUAAGCGCGUGCGGCGUACUCUCAUUAGCUAUUAUACCAGUGAUGCAAAAAAGAUUCUACAAACCCCUUAUCCAGUUCCUGGUGGCCUUGGCGGUGGGGACGCUCGCCGGCGACGCUUUCCUCCACCUGUUGCCGCACUCGAUGAGCACCACUCACCAUCAUUCGCAUUCCCACCGGUCGCACGAGGAGGACACCCACACGCACGACGAAAACAUCCAGAAGGGAUGCGUCGCCAUGUUGGGCCUGACGUUCUUCUUCGCCAUGGAAAAGGUGAUUUCGAUCACGGCCAAAUGGCGGAAGGGCAAACAGAAGCACCAGCACUCCCACGUGACCGUCAUCAACGAGAGGCGGGACAGCGGCGGCCCCAAAAACGAGACCCAAUGCAUGGACAAAUACAAUUCCUAUCCCUACUGCUAUAAAGAUAUCAUGGAUAAUCCUCGCAUAACGUUCCUCGAAUCCGACAGAACGGCGACGACGGUGUUAGAUCAUUGUUCGAAUUCCGGUUCGAACAAGCUGUCGAAAUCUUCGCUGGAGGUGAACAAUCAAAACGCCGAUUGCCCGUCGGAUUUGAAAGAUUGUACCGAGGCCAAUAAGAUGCUGACGCCUGAGCAUAAAGCCAACGAUGAUUACACGGUGAUUGUGAGAGAGCACAAGAGCGAUCAUCACGGGCACUCGCACAAGCACGGGCACGUUCACGCCGCCCCCAAGAAUCUCUCCUCCGUGGCUUGGAUGGUUAUUAUGGGCGAUGGUUUGCACAAUUUCACCGAUGGUAUGGCGAUCGGGGCGGCGUUUUCGGGCAGUUUGGCCGGAGGUUUUUCUACGACAGUGGCGGUAUUUUGCCACGAACUUCCGCACGAACUCGGAGAUUUCGCGAUGCUUUUGAAAGCCGGCAUGACCAUCAAGCAAGCGUUGUUCUACAACAUUCUAUCGAGCAUACUGUGCGUCAUUGGGAACGUGUUCGGCCUCGUACUAGGUAAUACGGAAUACGCGAGCUCUUGGGUGUUUGCGGCAGCUGCGGGCAUGUUCAUAUACAUCGCCUUGGUGGAUAUGAUACCGGAAUUGAGUUCUGCGCACGAAGACGAAGGCAACGUGGGCAUGUGCUUGCUGCAUUUGGGCGGUUUGUUAAACGGGCUCGGCAUCAUGGCUUUGAUAGCGGUGUAUGAGCACGAUUUAAUGAACGUUUUUAGCGAGGCUAAAUAG